GCAGAAUCGAUAAUCGAUUUACCCAUUGAUUAUUCCUCUCAAUUUCACAUUUUUCUAUCUGUAUAUCAAUCUAAUCAUAGCGCAAUCUGAAACCCUAGAUUUAUCUUCACCUUCUUCGUCUUCGUCAAAUCCGUAGUUGUCACGGAGCUUGUCGUCCAGUCGGCUUAACGCGCAGGCUUCGGAGUUUGUGCCGACACGACCGACGGCUACUCAGUCGCAGUAACAGCAACAGCACCAGCAGCAGGCGCCCAUAGGAUUAUUAUGCCUCCGCCUUCUCUGCUGCUAUGCUGCACAUGUAUCCGUCUCCGCCUCCGUUUCAUGUUCCGGUUCAUAGCCCUGUGCCUAUGCCAGUUCACAUGGUUCCGGUUCAUCAUCAUGUGCCUGUUCGGAAUCAUCAGAAUCACCACCACCAUCAUCAGUAUUAUGGUGAUGACGAUGGGGAGCAGGAGGGAGAGGGAUAUUAAGGAUCAAAAGGAUCACAGUGCGUCUUCGAAGAAUGGACUGUCAAAGGAAGCUGUGCAGAAGAUUUAGUUCCCUGUUUUAGUGUUCUUUUUUUUUUUUUCUUUUUUAUUGGUUGGGGAGGCGAAGGGGAUGAGCGGGAAAACGGAAAAGUCUCGCCAACCAUGGUCCGUCAUUAAAAAAGGAUCUACCUU